AUGGGCAGUCUUGGAGGGUCGAUCUCUUCAUCAACAUGCUCACCAAUCUCCGCACACUUUUCUUACGUCAAUCCCACACAUUUUCAUUUGACAGGACCCAGCGGCCCAUCAUCGCUGAGUGAAAGUCGUGUGCCCGUUCUCUCGCCAAUCUACCCUCCCACUCCAUCCUCAUCCAGUCAUUUCCCUCCGCAUCCUCAUCUCCAUCCACUCCACCCUUUAAAUCAUCCAAUUCAUCACCGUUUACCCUUACCAAUUCAUAUUCAAAAUGGUCAGAAUUGUCUCGUUCAAGUUCUACCACAUCCAAAAGCUCAAAUGUUCAACGGGCAGCAAGAGGUCUUGGGCAGUAUCUUCCCUCAAUUAAUGCCUCUUCAUCCUGCAAUGAUGCCUUCUCUUCAUCCGAUUUUUCAACAAACCCCUUACGCCAUCUCGUCAGCUUUUAAGCCAUACUUGACACAAACUCCAAACCCCACAAACAAUCAGAAUUUUUUCUAUUUCCCGCCAACUCCCACCGAAAGCCAUGCCGAUAGUGAGGAUGAUAAGUCUCAAGCUUCAUCCGAAUCGGAGAUCAUCCCACAAAUGGAUUGCCCAAAAUUGGAAGCACAACCGAGCAUGAGUUUAGAGGGA